GGUGCUAUGGGAGAAAUCGACGACACCAACGAGAGAGCCACACAUGCAUGCGCUAAAAAGAGAGAUGGUCGAUACGUCGAGAGGGAGUAUUUUCUGCAUAAACUGCAACCUGCGAGCCUACGAACAGCAGCCGUAGUCGUCUAGGACGCAGCAGAGGGCUACAAAGACGUGCUUUGAGCAAGGUAGCAGAUGCGCUUCGAGAGAGGGAUUGUCAGUUGCUCAGAAUAGCAUGUAUGGACAGAGAAUACGCCUCUCCCUUAUUUAUCUCCGCUAUUUUUAUGGACUUGCGGUAUGUGUCGGUGCGUUGAAUGGUCUAAAUGCAGAGGCAUUCCUGUUCACGAGGUUUCUCAGAUAAGCAAUAUUCGGAGGGUUCUGUGAUUGCGUCAGGUCUGCUUUAGCCGCUGAAUUCUACGUAUUGAUAUUAUUUUUCUUAGUAGCAUCAGAAUUGUACAGCUGACGAAAACAGAAGACCAUCAACUUGUGGAUUUCCGUAAAAUAUCCUCUCGUGUCAUCUCCGUGGAUUGCGCGAUCAGGGAUGCGCGAGAUGCCACUGAAAUGCUAAAGACGAUAACACAAGGCGAGUUAGAAAGGAUUUUGGGGGUUAUAGCUGCCGGAUGCGCACCUUGAUGGAUGUUUCUCGCGACGCUUUGAUACGUCUUGGGACAGAAACCUUGGAACUAUAAAUAUGAAUUGUAUCAUUUUGCGGUAUAAAUGCUGAUUAGGUAAUCAGUAUUCCGGGAAAGGGGUAGGAAUAUUUCAAUCUUGUUAACGAAGCCCAUCGCAUUUCUUAAUACCUUAUCAAAUAAACGCGCAGCGUUUAUUCCAUUUUAGAGUACUAGGAUUUCCCACCCAAACGCUUUCAAGGUAUUGCUGUGCAUUACCAGAAAAUAUUAUUUUGUGGGAUGAAGACCUGCUCGACGCCAGUUAAUUCACUAUCUGAUCCAAACGAACAAUUUAGACGGUGAGACGUUCAUCCAGCGACAUUAAAGGCAUAAGGGGACACGAAUGUGGAAAUCCGCACUGGGCUGUGAGUAGAAAUCUAAUCAGAUUCCGUGGGGUCGGUGUGUUGAGUAGAAAGCAGUGAGAAAAGUUACAUCUGAAUGAAUUGAGAUAGGGACGCAAAACCCGAUGGACUUUGGCAAGCCUGCGAGGAUGGUGAGCAGAAGACUAUGACGGAGAUUCGGAAAAUAACCAGUUUUGGAUGUGGAUGGUGCGAGACAUGGCCGAGAUUUGAAGAAACCAACUGUGCAAGCGUCUUUUGAAUUGAAAAGUAGAUGAUGCAUUUUCAGCAACACAACCUCGGACUCCAAGAGGGAUAAAAAGCAACCAGAGUAACCCGAGCAUUUUUCUCCAUCUGAAUACAAGCUGUCGUGUGGAGGUUUGCUGAAGCUGAGGCGGCGAAAUUUUCGCUCUGAUAUCUUGCCACCAUCAAACAUCUUAGAAGAAAAAUAAGGGACGCGUCCUGGUGAUGGAUGGCCUGGCUGAGGCGGGACCUCGCCCGCCGUCUCUCCUUCCCGCAAAUGUACCACCGCUGCUGUCGCUGCCUCCCCCAGGGGCCGGCCCCAACCCCCCCGGGAGAGCCAGCUUCUGAAAUUGAAUGAGAAGAUGGACAAAGAGCACAGUUACUGUGAAUGAGCUGGCAGAUCCUCCCUGAUUCCACACAUUCCCAAAUCAAUGUCCACCCUCCAAUGAAUUAUGAAUGUUGAACAAGAUGACGUCAUCCCCGCAGCAGCAGAUAAUGAGAGGGCCUAAGUGGAACAGGGCCCUGACCGACCCUUUCUUCGUGCUGCUGUUGGCCCUCCAGCUGCUGGUGGUGGCAGGUCUGGUGCGAGCACAGACCUGCCCAUCCGUCUGUUCCUGCAGCAACCAGUUCAGCAAGGUCAUCUGCACCCGCCGCGGCCUCCGGGACGUGCCCGACGGCAUCUCCACCAACACUCGCUACCUGAACCUCCAGGAGAACCUGAUCCAGGUCAUUAAGGUGGACAGCUUCAAGCACCUGCGGCACCUGGAGAUCCUGCAGCUCAGCAAGAAUCAUAUCCGUAACAUUGAGAUCGGGGCCUUCAAUGGACUGGCCAGCCUCAACACGCUGGAGCUCUUCGACAACAGGCUCACGACGAUCCCCAAUGGGGCCUUUGAGUACCUUUCCAAGCUGAAGGAGCUGUGGCUACGGAACAAUCCCAUUGAGAGCAUCCCCUCCUACGCCUUCAAUCGGGUGCCCUCCCUGCGGAGGCUGGACUUGGGUGAACUCAAGCGGCUCUCCUACAUCUCUGAGGGGGCCUUUGAGGGCCUCAGCAACCUGCGCUACCUGAACCUGGGCAUGUGCAACCUGAAGGAGAUCCCCAACCUCAUCCCCUUGGUCCGGCUGGAUGAGCUGGAGAUGUCAGGGAAUCAGUUGUCUGUCAUUCGGCCUGGAUCCUUCAAGGGGCUCAUCCACCUGCAGAAGUUGUGGAUGAUGCACGCCCAGAUUCAAACCAUUGAGAGGAACUCCUUUGAUGACCUGCAGUCACUGGUGGAGCUCAACCUGGCCCACAACAACCUCACCUUGCUGCCCCAUGACCUCUUCACUCCCUUGCACCACCUGGAGAGAGUGCACUUGCACCACAACCCAUGGAACUGCAACUGUGACAUUCUUUGGCUCAGCUGGUGGCUGAAGGAAAUGGUGCCGGCCAACACCAGCUGCUGUGCCCGCUGCAGUUCCCCGGUCAGCCACAAGGGGCGCUACAUUGGGGAGCUGGACCAGAACUAUUUCCACUGCUACGCCCCUGUGAUCGUAGAGCCCCCUGCGGACCUGAACGUGACCGAGGGGAUGGCAGCAGAGAUGAAGUGCCGGGCGAGCUCUCUGACCUCAGUCAGCUGGAUCACGCCGAAUGGUUCCAUCAUGACGCAUGGGGCAUACAAGGUGCGCAUCUCGGUGCUGAAUGAUGGGACAUUGAACUUCACCAAUGUCACAGUGCAGGACACGGGCACCUAUACGUGCAUGGUGAGCAACUCAGCAGGCAACACCACGGCUUCAGCCAUGCUCAAUGUGUCCUCCACUGAGAAUAGCAGCUUUAGCUACUUCACCACAGUCACGGUGGAGACCAUCGAACCUGCCCACGAUGACAGCCGGACCACAGUGCAGCAGAAUGUGGGGCCAACCCCUUCCUCCAGCGGCUGGGAGUCAUCAUCCUCCUCCACCAGCACCACCGCGCGGACCCCGCUCUCCACCAAGACCACAGAGAAGACCUACACCAUCCCUGUAACAGAGCUGGGCGGGGAGGGGGCUCUCAAUGGGCUCGAUGAGGUGAUGAAGACCACAAAGAUCAUCAUCGGCUGUUUUGUGGCCAUCACCCUUAUGGCCGCUGUCAUGCUCAUCAUCUUCUACAAGAUGCGCAAGCAGCACCACCAGCAGAAUCAUCACGCCCCAACCCGUACCAUUGAGAUCAUCAAUGUGGAUGAGGAGCUGACAGGAGGACCUGCCAUGGAGAGCCACCUGACGCUGCCCCCCCUGGAGCACGAACACCUCAACCACUAUAAUUCCUACAAGACUGCAUACAACCAUGCCUCCACCAUCAACUCCAUACACAGCUCUGCGCAUGAACCUUUGCUAAUCCGAGCAAGCUCGAAAGACAACGUACAAGAGACCCAAAUCUAACUUUGUUUCAUGACAGACAGCAUAAAUGAAAAUGACAGCCGCAAUUACAAAAACAUUAUUAAUAAUUCAAGGACGAGCAAGAAUUGAGGAAAUGAUGGGUGGACAAACAGCGAAGCAGUAGGUGAAAAUGUUCAUCACUGACAUUGGGAAUUAGGGCUGCAACUUACUUCGAGCAACCUACUUUUCACAUUUUGGCUGGAACCUGGAGGAAUGAAUUUCAAUAUCAUCAAGUGGUUAAAGGAUUAAAG